GGGCGGUCGUCCGGGGUUAGGUUCGGGGGUGUUGGUCCGUUCAGGGCGGGGGAUGACUCACAGCCCAUCCCAUCUCCCCGACGCCGCCCGCCCGCGCAGAGCUCACUCCAUGGCUUAGCGGAGGAGGCGGUGGCGAGCAGGGGGAGGGGGACUCUUAUUUUGUUAGGGGGACCGGGCCGAAGCCCGACCGGCCUGGCAGGGCUCGCCCGGGGCUGGGCGUCAUGUCUCAUGCAGCCGAGCCAGCUCGGGACGGCGUAGAGGCCAGCGCGGAGGGCCCUCGAGCCGUGUUCGUGGUGUUGGAAGAGCGCAGGCCGGCCGACUCGGCCCAGCUGCUCAGCCUGAACUCCUUGCUUCCGGAAUCUGGGAUUGUUGCUGACAUCGAAUUAGAAAACGUCCUUGAUCCUGACAGCUUCUACGAGCUCAAAAGCCAGCCCCUACCACUACGCUCAAGCCUCCCAAUAUCACUGCAGGCCACACCAGCCACCCCAGCUACCCUGUCUGCAUCAUCUUCUGCAGGGGGCUCCCGGACCCCUGCCAUGUCAUCAUCUUCAUCGCGUGUCUUGCUGCGGCAGCAGCUAAUGCGGGCUCAGGCCCAGGAGCAGGAGAGGCGUGAACGUCGGGAACAGGCUGCAGCCUCUCCCUUUCCCAGUCCUGCACCUGCCUCUCCUGCCAUAUCUGUGGUCGGCGUCUCUGCUGGGGGCCACACAUUGGGCCGUCCUCCCCCUGCUCAGGUGCCCAGGGAGGUGCUCAAGGUGCAGACCCAUCUGGAGAACCCGACACGCUACCACCUACAGCAGGCACGCCGUCAGCAGGUGAAACAGUACCUGUCCACCACACUUGGGCCCAAGCUGGCUUCCCAGGCCCUCACCCCACCACCGGGGGCUGCUAGUGUGCAGCCACUCCCUGCCCCCGAGGCCACCCAUGCUACUGGCCCCACAGGCAGCGCCCCCAACAGCCCCAUGGCGCUACUCACCAUCGGAUCCAACUCAGAGAAGGAGAUUGAUGAUGUCAUUGAUGAGAUCAUUAGCCUGGAGUCCAGUUACAACGAUGAGAUGCUCAGCUAUCUGCCCGGAGGCCCUGCGGGGCUGCAGCUCCCCAGCACGACACAUCUAGAGAUUGGGACCUCGGGGCUUCAAGAGAUGAAAUCUCAUCAAGAGCUGCCUGUGUCAGGGAACCUACUUGAUGUGUACAGUAGUAGUCAGGGCGUGGCUACACCCACCAUCACUGUCAGCAACUCCUGCCCAGCUGAGCUGCCCAACAUCAAACGGGAGAUCUCGGAGACGGAGGCCAAGGCCCUUUUAAAGGAACGGCAGAAGAAGGACAAUCACAACCUAAUUGAACGUCGCAGGCGAUUCAACAUUAACGACAGGAUCAAGGAGCUGGGCACCCUCAUCCCCAAGUCCAGUGACCCGGAGAUGCGCUGGAACAAGGGCACCAUCCUGAAAGCCUCUGUGGAUUAUAUCCGCAAGUUGCAGAAGGAGCAGCAGCGCUCCAAGGACCUGGAGAGCCGGCAGCGGUCUCUGGAGCAAGCCAACCGCAGUCUGCAGCUCCGAAUUCAGGAGCUGGAACUGCAGGCCCAGAUCCAUGGUUUGCCGGUCCCUCCCACCCCAGGGCUGCUCUCCCUGGCCACAACUUCAGCCUCAGACAGCCUCAAGCCAGAGCAGCUGGAUAUUGAGGAGGAGGGCAGGCCAGGCACAGCGACCUUUCAUGCAGGGGAGGGGCCUGCUCAGGGUACUCCUCAUCAGCAGCCCCCAGUGCCACCCUCGGAUGCCCUUCUGGACCUGCACUUUAACAGUGACCACCUGGGGGAUCUGGGGGACCCUUUCCACCUGGGGCUGACGGACAUUCUGAUGGAAGAGGAGGAGGGGGUGGUGGGGGGACUGUCGGGGGGUGCCCUGUCUCCACUGCGGGCUGCCUCUGACCCUCUGCUGUCUUCGGUGUCCCCCGCUGUCUCUAAGGCCAGCAGCCGCCGCAGCAGCUUCAGCAUGGAGGAGGAGUCCUGAUCAGGUCUCACCCCUCCCCUGGGAUUUCCCCACCCAGGAAAGGAGGACAAGUUAGGAUGAAGCCCUCUUCCUUUUCCCACACCCUCCCAUGAGACUGUCGUGCCCAGGUGUUCUGGGGGAAGAGAUGGGAGGAGGAGGCAGGUGACACCCUGCCCCUUCCCCCACAGGCCAGGCCAGUGGUGAAAUCAGGGCCUGUCCCCCAGAGAUCACUGCCUCAUCCCUGCCCCGUGGGACCCACCCGUGCCCGGGUGAGGGAAGGAGACUGGAUGAGGUCCAUCCCAGUCCCUUGGGGACUGUCCUAGCCAGGUCUCCUGGGAUAAGGAGGUGUGGGGAUGCUCCCCCCAUCCCCUGUCUUAGAACUGCCCGUCUAGUCCAUCCUGGCAAGGCAGGGGAGUCAAAAUGAUAGAGUUUCAGCCCUGGGGAUUUAAGUCCUACCCCUUUCCCAUGACCCCUGUCCUGCCUAGUCCAGGAACAGAACUGAGGAUGAGAGCCAGACCCUUCACCUGGGAACUCAGUCUUCCAGCAAUAAAAGGAGCCAGGCCCCGCCCCUUCCCUACAGGAGCAGCCCAGCGCGGGUAUUUCGGGCUUGGAGGAGUCUUAGAGCUCAGGCCACUAUGUGGAGAUGACAGCCCUUGUCCCUCAGUAACAUCCCAUCCAAGCAUUCCACUGAAGGGAGGAGUGGUACUUAAGCACCCCGCCUUAACUAGGGACCAAGGUGACCUAACCUAGGAGGGCUCUGAGCAGACUUUGCCCUUGGGGAAGGGGGCAGAUCUUGAAAUCUUGUGGGUUAACAUUCCAGACCUAGAAUAGGAGUGAGAGUUAGACCCCCUACCCUUGGGCAGAGUCCUGUCUUCUUCCUUGAAGGGCAGUUUGGGGAGAUGAUGGGGGAUAGGGGGUACUGAGUCCAGGUUCCCAGAGCCAGCAUCCCAUUACUUUUUUUCAACAUGUAGAGGAAUAGGAUGAAGGGAGGGGCCCUUUUGGGGAUUUCUCCAGCCCAGGAAAAAGUAGAAGCUUGUCCCAACAAGGCAGAGGCUUGGAAGAAAGGUUGCAAAAACACGUACUCUUUUAUCUGAUUUUUUUUUUACUGACCCUCUACUUGUAAGUUAGGCCACCCCCCAACCUCUGGCCUCCACCCAGCUCUCCAUUUGGAGGCCUCUUCCCCAUCGUCAUUUCAGAGUUAUGAACGGACACUCCCCACUCAUCUCCACCCUCCCUACCACAUACACCCAAGAUUGUCAGCUUUGGAUUGUUGAAGCCAAGCCCCAAGGAGGGUGUACUGAAAGGUCUGUAGGUUUGUGAUUAAAAUAAUAAAUGCUAAGCGUGUUUGAUGCGCUUUUAACUUUGGCAAAGAGUCUCCUGUCCUUUUGACUAUGCAGUGAGCAUGGCUCAUGCAGGCCAGGAGGAAGGAAGGUUCUUGAAAGAAACAGAUUUAAGAGGGAUGAAUAAAAUAAUUUAGCUACAACGGGGCUGGAGGGAAAUAACCUGCCAACAAAAACAAUCUCCUUAACUACCUGCCAGGCACCCUCCUAACUGUUGGCAAAUGGUUCACCUUAUUCUAAAAGGAAUACUCAUCAAGGAAAUACUGAUUUCUUAUUCCUGUUUCAUAUUUGAAGAAACCAAGGAAUAUAACUAUUUGAAGAUAAACAGCUGGUAAAUGGAUGAAGAGCUAAAUGGUAGGCAGAUGAAGGAGGGCUCUAGUUGGGAAAAUGUCACUGAGGGCAGAGGGGCAAAGAUUUUCUUGCACUUUUGAAACAUAACGAAGUGUGUGAAAAUAAUCUGCUGGCAGACAGUAGAGGCAUUCCAGAGGGAGAAAGGGCAAAGAAACCAUAAAGGUCAGGAAUAGGCAAGCAAUUCCAUUUUGGAACAGAUGUUGACAUUCUGGGGGAAUUUUAUAGAGGUGAACAACAAGUACCUUGAAGGCUGGGAAAAAGUAUUUCUGGAAUUGUUCAACCAGACCCGACUCCCAGGACAGGCAUCAGGCCUGAACCUGUGUCUCCCCCAGCAGUCAACCCUUGCGCACUGGGACUUGGGUCCUGUGUCUUCCCCAGCUGACUGAGCACAACACUUGCUACUCCUUUCUAGCCUAUCAUCACACUGACCCCUAAGGCCUGGUUGUUGAAUCUACCACUAGACUGGUGGCUCCCUGAUACCUUUAUUUUUGUCCUCAAAUUUGUCUUAUUCUCUAGAAAAUAUGUAACAGCUAGAAUUUUUUUUUUCUGAAAUAAUUUUAGAGUUACAGAAGACUUGCAAAGAUGUUGGAGUUUCCUUACCCCUCACUUAGCUCCCUCUAGUGUUAAAAACGUGUUACAUAGCCAUGGCACAUUUGUCAAUGCAAAGGACAUUUGACACAGUACUAAGGAACUCCAGACUUCAUUUGGAUUUCACUUUUUUCCACGAAUGCUUUUUUUCUGUCCUAGGAUUCAAGUAAAGAUACUGUAUUUGUAAUCUCUUUCUGUGUAGCAAGUUACCACAAUCUUAAUGGCUAAAAAAACGCAUUCAUUAUAUCUCAGUGUUUGUGGGUCAGGAAUUCAGGCUGGUUUAGCUAAGUCCCCCUACUCCAGUGGCUCUCGCCAGGGUGCAAUCAAAAGAUGUUGGGUGGGAUUGAGGAAGGAUCUGCUCUGAGCUGCUGUGGUUAUUGGAUUGGCAGGAUUUAGUUCUCUGCAGCCUGUUGAUCUGUGGGCCUCAGUUCCUUGCUGGCUGUCAGCUUGAGUUGCCCUCAGUCUUUGCCAUUUAUGCCUUUCCUUCCGUGAAGCAUCUCAUAGCAUGGUAGCUUGCUUCAUCAAAGCCAGCAAGUGAGAGUCAGCUAGCAAAAUAGAAGUUACAGUCUCUUGUAAUCUAAUGGAAGUGUCACCCCUCAGUGUCCCGGCAUUCUACUGGUUAGAAUCAAGGGGAGGGGAUUACAAAGGACCAUCAUUAGUAGGCAGGGACCACUGAGAGACCAUCUUAGCUCCCUACCACAGAUACCACAUUGCAUUUGGCUGCCAUAUCAUGGUUUCUGACAGUUUCUCAGUUUGUCCACUGAGAAGGCCUAGACAUUGUGCUAUUCCAGAAGCAACAAGCACAUCUAGUAUUCAAAUCUUGGUUUCUAAAUGCUAUUAAUUGCUAUUAAUUAUUAGAAAUAAGAUGCUUUUAUUUCUAAUAAAAGAAGCCAGGGCUCCUUGGAGAAAUGUCUGAUUUUAAGAUCAGGGUAGGGAAAUACAAGAUGAGCCUGGAACGUUGUGUAGUACCAGAAAGGAGGUACUAAAUAUAUAUAUAUCAAGGAUACAGGAACCAACCUGAAAGAGCUCCCAGUGGCUAAAGCUGGAAUUGGAGCAACAACAAAAAAUGAUAGUAUUGGAUUAUAGUCCAAAAAUAAAAUAAAUUUCCAUGACAUAUAAGUGAUGUGAUUGAACAAAUAACUUCUGGAGAUAGGAGAACUGCCUUAUGUAAGAAUUCCAAAUAAAGAUAGAAGGAAUGAAGGAAAUAGAAAAUUACCAUUAGAAUACCACAGUAGUAAUAGCUGCAGACCUGAUUCACUAAAUGCUAAAAUUAAUGGUCAAAACUAAGGUGAACACAAUAGUUGCACAGCCUUAAAGUAUCACCUCCAUAAUAUUAAAUACAAGCAUACCUCAGACUUAUAACAGGGUUGGCUCCAGCCCAACGCAAUAAAGUGAAUUGUAAUCUUUUUGCUGGUGGAGGGUUUUGCUUUCAUUUUGUAAAACAAAACCAAUAAAGCACAAUGCAGUAAGAUGAGGUAUGCCUGUAUUUGAUUCUCCCAGAGUUGGAGCUUAAUUCCCCUUCUCCUCUUGAAUAUGAGCUGGACUCAGUGACUUGCUUCUAAUGACAAGAGUAUGAAAAGUACAACAGUAACUUCCAGUGGAGAAUCCUGGCAGACACCGCCUUAACCAAGAGAUGAAUGUUAACACAAGUAAUAAGAUGGCUGUCACGUACUCCCUGAUGUGAUGCACUGAGAAGGACAUUUCACUUUCAUAGUAUUCUUCCCCCAAACCCUAUAACCCCAGUGUAAUCAUCAGGAAAUAGCAGCGACAUGCAAAUUGAGGGACAGGACAUCCUGCGCACUACUUAACUAAUGUUCUUCAAAAUUUUCAAGAUCACAAAAGACAAGGCAAGACGGGUUGUGUAUUUAAGCAAACACAGUUGUUUUUUUCUCCAUCUGUCAACUCAGCCUUUUUUUUUUUUGGCAUGAGACGGAAACUGGUGUCAUUCU